AGCCGGUUGUUUUGAGCAGGAAAUACUGUGCGCGUGCUUCAGUUACAGCUUGUCAGUAGUUUUUAUGAAGCUGGUUAUGUUUCUCUGUAUUAAUAUUUCUUAUUCUGUGUUCAGUGUGUGUCAAGUAACAGUAUAUAGGUUAGUUUAGAUACUGAUGGUGAUGGGACAUCCGGGAUCCGGGAACCGAUGCGCUGGUUUUGCGCAUUUUGUUACUUUUUGUGUUGCAGUUUUACUUUUUAAUACAUGUCUCGCGUCAGCGGUGGUUUUAAAGGCGGUAAAUGUGGAUAUGGAUCUUUCUCAUGUGGCCAGAAGAGUGGAUGAAAGGUUUCUGUCUGUGACUAUUGAUGCGAGUCUGAUGGCAGAGGAGAAGUUCAUGUACCUCUUGGGGUCUCCAAAACUGAGGACCCUCGCCAAAGCUUUGACUCCUGCAUUUCUGCGCUUUGGAGGGACUAAACAAGAUUUUAUGAAAUUUAAACCACAGAGUGAAUAUUACCUAACGAAAAGCUACAGUGGAGAUUCUCAUCCUCAUUCUGGUUCUGCGUGUAGUAAAUUUGAGCUGCCACCAGUGCUGGAGGAAGAGCUGAAGCGAGACUGGGCCAUACAAGCGUUACUCUUACGCCAGGAGGAUGUGCUGGGAAAAUACGAGCAAGUGACGUUUUCCGAAUAUGCAGUGGAUCUGCUUUACUCGUUUGUGAACUGCUCAGGACUGGAGUUGAUCUUUGGCUUAAAUGCGCUGCUACGAACUCCUGAGAAUGUCUGGGACAGUCAGAACGCUGAGCUGCUCCUGAACUACUGCGAGCAACGGCAAUACAGGAUGUCCUGGGAGCUGGGAAAUGAACCCAACAGUUACGAGAAGAAGGCGGGGAUCAGGGUGAACGGUUCCCAGCUGGGAGAGGAUUUUCUCCAUCUGCAUAAGAUCCUGCAGAAUUCAGAACUGUACAGUUCCUCGGGUCUGUACGGACCUGAUAUCAGUCAGCCACGAGAGCACCGCAAAGACCUCCUCACUGGGUUUUUGGAGAGCGGAGCUGAAGCCAUUGAUGCGUGUACCUGGCACCACUAUUAUGUCAAUGGCAGAGAUGCAUCUUUGGAGGAUUUUCUUGAUCCCAAAGUACUUGAUAUGCUGGCUGUUAAAACAGACGAGGUCCUGAAGAUUGUCCAUUCUCUGUCUCCUGGAAAGAAAGUGUGGCUUGGAGAGACAAGCUCAGCAUACGGCGGGGGCGCAGUCGGGCUCUCGGACACAUUCGUUGCUGGUUUUAUGUGGUUGGACAAACUCGGUCUUGCAGCUAAGCUGGGGUUGGACGUGGUCAUGCGACAGGUGUUAAUUGGCUCUGGGACGUACCAUCUUGUGGAUAAUAAUCUCGAUCCACUUCCGGAUUAUUGGCUUUCGCUUCUGUACAAGAGACUCGUAGGACCUGAAGUGCUGAAAAUACAGGUUCUGUCAAGUACAGGAAGGCAGAAGCAACUCUUACGGGUUUAUCUUCAUUGCACCAACAAAGAAAGUUCUAGUUACAGAAAAGGUGCAGUCACUUUGUUUGCCCUAAACCUGAGCAAGGAGCAAGUGGUGAUCAAGCUGCCGGCGCUCGUCUCCAACAGCACUGUCGAAGUGUUUGUGCUUCAGUCAGCUGAGGCAGGGGAGGACGGCCUCCAUUCCAGGUCUGUCAGUCUGAACGGUGAUGUGCUGAAGAUGGUGGAUGACAGGACUCUUCCACCUCUUCGGGGAGCUGAACUUCCUCCUGGAGAACAUCUCAAACUUCCUGCACUGUCCUUUGCCUUCUACGUGCUGAAACAAGCUGCUGCUCCCGUGUGCUGAAGAGUUCAGAGUGAUGAUUUUAUCCUGAAUGUUGCUUAUGGAAGAACUUUGACUAUGAAAAUUGCACUGUGAACAUUUAUUUAUUAUAAGACUUUAAGUGUUUACAUGUUACAUUUGAAUCAUCAGCCACUCACUGACAACUUUAACCAGAACACCUGCUCAUACAAUCAGCCAAUCAUGUGGCGUCAGCACAAUGCAUAAAAUCGUGCAGGUUCAGGUCAAGAGCUUCGGUUAAAGUUCACAGCAAACAUGGAGGAAAAAUGUGAUCUCAGUGAUUUUGACCAUGGCAUGUUUUUUUUCUGCCAGAAGUACUGGUUUCUCCUGGGAUUUUCACACACAAUAGUCUCUAGAGUUGACUCAGACUGGUGCAAAAAGAAAACAUCCAUGAGAUGAGAGAGGUCAGAGGAGAAUGGUCAGACUAGUUCAAGCUGACAGGAAGGCUACUGUGACUGAAAUAACCACUACGUGCAAUUAGCAUUCCAUUUUAUCCCAAAGGUUUCAUUGAGGUUAAAGUCAGGGCUCUGAGCAGCCAUUCGAGUUCUUCCACUCCAACCUUGGCAAAGCAUGUCUUCAUGGACAUUGCUUUGUGCACAGGGGCAUUGUCAUGCUGGAACAUGUCUGAGCCCCUUAUUAUUUCCAGUGAAAGGAAAUUGUAAUGCUACAGCAUACAAAGACAUUCUAUACAAUUGUGUGUAUCUGUUGUGCAUGAAUGUCUUACAUGUGGUGAGCAGAACCCUUUGAAGCAGAUGGGCUACAACAGCAGAAGACCACAUCAGGAACCUGAGGCUACAGUGGGCAAAGGCUCUACAAACCUGGACAGAGUGGAAAACCAACAAGCAAUGUUUUAAUUUAAAGUUGAUGUCUUCAACUUUAAGAAAACGUUCUCUUACACCACCAGCAGCAGCCUGAAGAGUUGACACGAGGCAGGUUGGGUCCAUGGAUUCAUGCUGUUGAUGCCAAAUUCUGACCCUGUUUUGCAUUUCACAGCAGAAUGCAAGGUUCAUCAGAUCAGGAGACAGCUGAUUUUUACAAUCUUCAACUAUCCAGUUUCUAUGUUCUUCCAUUAUCAAAUAUAAGAGCCUAUCAUGUUUAUAUAUCCAUAUAACAUACAUGUAUGCCAUUCAACAGUUUACAAGGGAAGGGUUGGGACGUUUCCCAAUAAUAAUUAUUUUUUGAUACCAGUAAAAGCGAAGGUGCUUCUCCGCUCUUUUUGUGCAAUAUUAAUGACAUUUUUACUGUUGAUAUCAAAACCACACCAUAUGGAAUGCAAUUUGCACUUAAAUAAAACACAUAAAAAGAAAUAACUAGGUAAAUAUAUUUAGAAUAGACAGUAAUUGAGGAUUGUUAUUAAAUGCAAUAGUUAUUAAAUGCAAUAGUUUCAUUUUUGUAAACAUUUUAUUAUUAUUAUUAUUAUUAUUAUUAUUAUUAUUAUUAUUAAAAAUAGUUUGUUUAAUACCUAAACAAACAGCAUCAUGGAGGUAUCAAAUGACACAAGGUUCUGAAAAAAGUAUCAAAUUUUAUUAAAAAAAUAUGCCAAACUUUGAACAUCCUGCAGAGCGUCAUUAAAUCCAUUAUUUAAAAUGGCACAACCACAAGCGGAGGCCAUCCACCAAAUGUCAGUGUCUGAGUAAAGAGGGCAUUAGUUAAAGAAGCAACAAAGAGGCCUUGGGUAACUCUCAGCGUGAUGCUACCACUACCAUGCUUCACUGUGGUGAUGGUGUUCUCAGGGUGAUGGGCAGUGUUGGAUUUAUACCAAAUAUGCUUUGUGCCAAGGCCAAAAAGUUCAUUGUUGUUCUUAUCAGACAAGACAUUUUACCACGUUUACAAAGUCUUCUACAUUGUGCUUGGCAAAUUCCAAAGAAGAUUUUAGGUAGAUUUCACUUUUCCAUAAAGCACAGGGGUUUUGUUUUUUUUUGAGUGUUUAGGUUAUUGUUGUCCUCUGAACAGCUUCUGCCAUCUGAGCUGUUGAUGUUUCUAGCUCUUUCAGAGUUACCCUCAGCCACUUGGUUGCUUCUCUGACUAAUCCCUUCCUUACCUGGUCACUGACUUUUGGUGUAUGGCCUCCUCUAGGCAAAGUUAUGAUAUUUUUUUCCAUUUUUAAAUAUUGGUUAAUUGGUGAUUUGUGGGAUGUUCAAAGUUUGGGUUUUUUCCAAACUUUCAUAUCCAAUUUAGAAGUUUUCACCCCAAUGGGGAUGAAUAUUUAUGCUAUCACAUCUAUUACACCUUUUAGUUAAUAAUAGUAAAUUGUAGUUAUUUAUUGUCAAAUAUUUUUGCCAACUAUGUACUAUUUUAACGAUAUAAAACCCCAGUCACAUCUCUAGGAUUUGUGCUUUAUAAUGUGGUUGUAAAAAAGUAAAAAAGAAUUUCAGGUUGGAAAAAAAAAUGUAGGUCGUUCAGAAAAUCAGAACAUCCAACUUUUUAAAAGAGGUAAAUAACAUCAAUUAAAGAGGUAAACAAUAUUCAGUAACAUCAAAUCUAUGCAUGUUUUUGCUUCAUGAGCAUCAUGAAUUCAGGUUUUGGUGAAUCUGAUCUGAACUAGUAAUUCUCCUUGUUCAGUCAUGUUCAUAAAGGACAAGCAUUUUUUUAUUUUAUAAACACACAGCUGACUUUUAUUAGCAGAUGUUACACAGAGUAAACAGCAGGAACAUAACAUGUGGUUCUAGCUUCUUCACUCUUCCUGCUGCUCUCCAUGUGUAAUGACGUAACAGAGUGAUUUGUAAUCCAGGUUUCCCGCUGCGUCGAUGUUGGAGGACUGGAACAUCUGACGCACCUUUCAUUAAAGCACAACGUAAGGUGUGUGUGUAGACAUGUCCCCAAAGCAUGAGUGUGUUACAAUAUUACAGAUGAUCAGCAUGGCGUCUUACCUCCUCUGCACUGAACUUGUCUGCUUGUGUCAUGAGCAUAUGUUGUAAUCUGGAAAUGUAGGAUAACAUUGAAAUAAAAAGUCCAGAUUGUGA